AUGCCAGAGAAAAAGAGUAUAACCAUCUACAGCACGACGCAAAACUACCUAGACCUCAUCCGUUUCUCGAAGCCCGGAGGAACACUGCUCAUAUUCCUCCCGCAUAUCUAUGGCCUCACAGUGGCCGCCUAUGCUCGGAAGCUCCAACUCGAGGAAUACAUAGACUGGUUUUUCAAGCUUUUCGUCUGGUCCUUUGUGGCCAGAAGCCUCGGCUGCACCAUAAACGACAUGUGUGACUAUCGAUAUGACCGGGAAGUCGAACGUACUAAAGAUCGUCCUCUUGCGAGUGGCAAGAUUUCUCUUUUCGGCGCGGGACUCUUCCUUGUGUUUCAAUCAUUGGUCUACUUUGCGCUCUUAUGGACCCCCGAUAGGAAUUUGCUGAUCGCCUUUCCAUUAAUGUUCAUGUACCCAUUAAUGAAGAGGGUCACACCGUUCCCCCAGGCGUGGCUUGGGAUUGCAAUGAACUGGGGAGUAGUACUCGCCUGGACAAGCAUCUACGGUCCAAUCAACCAAGGUGUGAUAGCCCCACUUAUGGCUGGGCUUUGGGCGUGGACUAUGUUCUAUGACACCAUAUAUGCCUGUCAGGACCGCAAAGACGACUUGAGGAUCGGAGUCGGGUCGUCGGCCAUCGCCCUCCAGAGCGCUAUUAAGCCGUACCUGUCUUUAUUCGCCUUCGCAUUUACAGCUCUCUUCACCGUCGCUCUCCGUGCUAACAAUCAUAGCCUCCCGUUGGUAGCUAUCAUUGCGGGCGGGACGACAAUAGAACUGGCAUGGCAGAUUAUCAUAAUUGAUCCGAUGGAUCCCAGCACCUGUAAACGUAAGUUGGCCAAUCGACCGCUUGAUAAAGACACGGAGGCUUAA